UCUUUUCUUUAAAAAUUGUAAUGAAUCGUAUCUAAUUACUUCGAUAUUAAUAUGAAUUGUAGACUUUAGAGUCACUCAAAGACCUUUCGCCACUCGACCGGUGUGAAUCAUGUGGGGUCUACUUGUUUUACUAGUGGUGGGUGGGGCGUGCGGCAUGGAGGAUCCGCCGCGUUACGUACAGGCUAGGACUGCUUUUACUCACAGCCGGUUGUACCUGCAGGAGAGUGUACCCCGCGAAAGGAAAAACAUAAUCGACCCAGUAGCACGCGCACACUUCGCCUUUGGCAUAGUCGCUGCUGUCACAGGCUCGAUAGCGCAGAACCAGAGCGCUGGUGGCUCUGAUCAACACGCGCUGGCAAUAUUUGACAAGUGGGUGCCUCAAGCCUGGGAGAACUAUAACAACGUGGCGGACAACGUCAACCAGCUGUUGGCUGAGGCGAAUCUCAAAAUUCAACCGAUCACCAAUUUAAUGGAUGUAAUAUGCAGCACAACUAACUCAGUAGAUCAGUGUAACAGACUCGUCCAAGAUAAAGUCAGCCAAUCCAACGCAUACAUCCAACACAAAGCCAACCUUCUGUUAGCAUUGGGUGGAGUAUCUGAUACUAUUGCCAGUCAUGAGCUCGAACUGAAUUCUGCAGCAAAGGAAUAUACGGUAGUGCCAUAUCUAUUGGAGCAGAUCGAAACACAGCCUUAUAAAGAAUUAAUUAAAGCAUUAGUCAAAGCAUACAUUUUGCUUCGUAGAAGUAUCCCCCAGGCUACCUACUAACCAGCAGAUUUAGGAAGGUGUCAAUAUAAAAUCUAAUAACAUAAACAACAAACAACAAUAAAAUAAAACGUAUGAAGUA